UUGACCAAAAUUUUACCUCAAAGUUUAGUCGAUUAACAGUGGGUGUAUUACAACAUACUUGAAUAUGUUAUUAAAGAGAAUUUAUAUGAAUAGAAAACAGUAUCUCGCUCAAGUUUAUCGUAGUUACACGUUAUUUCGUAACAGUCAGUCAUUAAUUAUCUCAUCUCAAAUGAAAGAAACAUUCACAAAAAAAUUUUUAAAAAAUUGGAUAAAUCUUUAUUCUGACUAUAAAGAAGUAGUAGUUGAAGUUAUAGAAAAUUGCAGAAUUUAUCCUAUGAGAACCACAGCUCAUGUUUCUGUGGUUGGACUUGUUUGCUACUGUUUAGUGAGCAAUCCUGAUGAAGUCAUUUUUCGUGACCAGCUUAUAAGCAACACUUUGAAAUUAGUACUUAUUAGUGAAGAAGUGAGGAAUCCAAUAAGUGCAUCUUAUUUAAAGUGGCUGCAACAAAAUCUAAAUGAAGGACUUAUUAAAAGACUAAAUUUGGGAAUAAUAUCGUUUCUUUGGCUGGACAAUUAUGAUAGUAAGUGUGUGGCUUACAAAGCCACAUGCCAAUACCUUAAACCUGAGUACUCAACUUGGAAUAGGAGAGUUAUUGACGUCGGUUUCUUAAAUAAUUGGUGGAUAUUAAACAAUAGCAUGAAAGAUUAUGACAUAAAUUAUCAAUUUUUACAAACUAACACAUUAUAAAGAUUACUUAUUCAUUAGAAUAUGUUUGACUACAUACUGUUGUAUUAAGAUAAUGACAGUAAGAUAAAUAUAAACACACAA